AUGGGCUGGAUCACAAAAUUUACUGCUCUACGGUUUUUCCUGGGCGGCAUUGAAACUUAUCUUAUCCACCCUACAGCAUGGAGCUACAUCAGAUCCCUCGGCCAAUCCAAGACGUUUCUCGCCUUUGUCUUGUCUUCGUAUGACUUCGGCUGCGUCAUUGCUGGACCACUUAUUGGUGCCAUAACUGAUCAUUCAGGGGAUCCCAGGUUAAUGGCCAUUUGCUGCUGUGUGUUUAAAGUCCUGGCCUAUGUGACAUACAGUGUAAAUUUUAGCGCAUACUUUCCACUUCUGGGGAGAUUCCUGAGUGGAUUGAGUAGUGGAAUAACUGCGAUUCUUCUAGGACAAGUUGCUCUGCAAACAGACGAGAAAAGUCUCAGAGAAAAUUUUAUAUUCUUAGAAAGUGUAUAUUGCAUUGGUUCAGCAUUUGGUCCAAUGCUCGGAAGCUUUAUUUCGUUUGAUGUCAAUAUAUUCGGCUGGGAAAUAAACGAUAAUAAUUCACCUGGGAUAAUAUUGGCAAUUGUAUGGCUCAUUUUUCUUAUUUUUUUAAUAUUCUCACCCAGUGGGACUUGGAUGGUAAGCGGUGCACAUGUUGAUGAUGACGAGCAAAGCUUACCUUUAAGCAACGAUAAAGAUGACAAAAGACGGACUGCGUAUCAUGAAGAUGGCGACCGAAGAUUGAACAAGCCUGAUUCCUUGUCAUGGAUACUGGACUCAAGAAUACUUACCUUGCUCUUUCUGAUAUUCUGUAGCGAAGUAUUUUCGAGCACGGCGACAUUUUAUGUUCCUAUUUUUGGGAUGGAUCAUUUUCAUCUGCAUCUGAUUCAUAUCAAGUUACUGUUUCUAAAUUGCACCUUGUUUACACUGCUGGUGUUCCUAUCCUUUUACGUCGCCUCAGAAUAUGCGAGUGAACGUAAGCUCUUUAAUUGCGUUGUUGAUGCAAAUUGUUGCCCUGUCAUUUCUUACGACUCUGGCAUUCUCCUGGGAUAA